AUCUGCGAACCCGUGCGCCAUUAUCUCGUCCCGCCUCGCUUCCUACAUGAAGCGGACUUGCUGGUCUGCCUCAGCUCCCUGCCCGCUGGGUAAGGAGCUUGAGACAGUACACCCACGACGCACUUAUUAUUUCCUCACCACUCAGCCCAGGCAGCCGCUCCCCGACUUCAACGCAAGUCUUCAGGCUGCCUCUCUCACUCCUUCAGUCUCUCUUACCGAGGAUUCUGGCUCAGAAGACAUCGAGGCAAGACGACGGGAGCUGAGCCCCUCUCCUGAGGUGGACCUAUCGGCCACCGAGUUCGAUAACGCCGAUGACGACGUUGCGAUGCCCAUGACCCCCAUCGGAUCGUUCUCUUCCCAGCGAAGCAGACUUGUCCUCGGACCCCGUAACAACUCCCCUCCUCUCGAGAAGGAUGAGCGCGAGUUUACACAGACUGCAGACGGCCUGCAGAAGCGCAAGCUUAACGCCGAAGUCCCUCAGCCGGAAACUGUUGAGCGUCACAGUGUCGCCACGAUGGAUUAUUAUCGGGAUGAUGCGUGGUUCGCCGACAGCCGUCCCAGCGCGGCCACCAUAUUUCUAGCUAGCCCCUCCAUCAAGCCGAGCAUAUCCGCUGGUCGGAAAGAAGAUGAUACCGAAGCUUGGUUAAGAUUAAACAAACUAUUCGAAUGGGGCAAGGGCGCCGAGAGCAUCGAGAUUGACGAACUCGAUUGUCUGCUAGACGCUUGCUGAUUUCUUUUUUCUUUAUUAUUAUUAAUGUUAUCAUUGGGAAGGCGCAAGGAGCAGGGAAUACUCAAAAGGGAAAAGGAGCAGGCGUUGGAUGGCUUUGUAUUUGUAACAUAUGAUGUGGACAUGUGCGGAGAGACACUCCCCUGUAGAUAUACUAGAUGAUUCUGACUAUAUUUCGGGGAUGAUGAGAUGACAACCAACCAAAAAAAGGGGCCACGCCAGGAGCGCUUGUGAAAGAGACGGCUGAAAGAUGAAGAAGAAAAAGGUGUACAUACAAAAGAGCAUACCACUCAUUGAUUAAAAGACAGAUUCCGCUUAUUUUUCUAACGCUCGAUUGUCGCAAGAAAUUGUUGGUGUGUGAAUGAUAUAUAGUAUUGCACAUGGUGAGUCGACAGGCCUGUUCGUUGGUGGCGCAUCUCCAUUAUGCGUGCGAUGUUGUGAGCGGUAAAAGCAUCAUGCCGUCUUGUCCUUGGUCACCAUUUU